ACGAUACAAAUCUGUGGAAAAAAUGUCAAAUUUAUUUGUGUUUUACAUCUGGUAGAGUUAACAUCUCGCGCUUCUUACGUGCAACUGGUCGUAUUUCUUCAACACGUCCGUGUGUUCGUUGUGCCUGUGUUGCUUUAAUUGUUCUCAAGGUGUGAAUGAAAGCUUUUCCGACCGACCGAUCACCAUUCAGUAACUCGAGAAGCGUAGUGGCUGUUGCUCGUCUGCGACAACCAAAACAGGAAGCAGACACACAUUAUAUGGAUUGUUUGUUAUCUAAACAGUACAAAAUUAUGAGAGGAUCCAGUAAAUGUUCCGUAGGUGCGUGAUUGAGUUUGUUAAUUUCUGAUCGGAUGAAGUAACCCCAAAAUCGUGCAACAGUGCGAUAGAUGUGCGCAUAAUUUCUGCGCUAUUUUUUUCUUGCUGUUGAGUGACGUCGCUACAACAUUAUAAUUGACGAAGUUGAAAUCUCCCAGCUGGCUGGCAGAUAGCCUAAGUGUGAGCAAAUACGUCAACAAGAUCUCCCACGAUCUACGAUGGAUAAUUCAACUAAGUUUGCGGAGCUUGAGCGGGAGAUCCGUCGGAUAGAUGUCGACGCAGAUACCAUCCAAGUGUCCUACCAUUUGCGGAACUUUGCAGCACUUUUCCAGAGGCAUAUCGUAGACGAUGAAACUUUAAGUGACCUGUUCGGCUUCCUAAAUCGAAUUGCAUUGGGCGAUGGAAAGUUCGCCGUGACCAUGGCCGUCAUAUUUGCCUCGCGCCAGUUGGACGACCUGGUGAUAAAAGAAACAAAACUGCGAAACGCUAUGCUAACAAUCCUGCAGCAAAACUUCCAAAAUAUCGACGCACUGAAACAGGAAAACAUCGGGAAGUUCUACAAUUCCGUUACGCUACUGGGCGAAUACUACCACCGCAAAAGGUUCGCCAACGGUAAAAGAAUACGGAUCCUCGGACAGAGCUUGCUGCUGCUACUGACGACGGAGUUGGAAAAGGAAAUUAAAAUGUGCGAAGAAAGCGAAACUCACACAAUCGAUCCCGAGUUUGCUAAGGUAAUACUUUCGCAGGUUACGUUGAACGGAGGAGAAGCUAAGAUCGAGCAUACGCAAGAGAUUGACGACCUUAACUAUUCCAUACGGAAAUGUCUGAUCAACGUUCGGGGAUUGUGUUCCAGAACGAAGGCCUACUUGUUGAUGGCACUAGAUUUGUUCUACACCAAUUUUAGCCUCGGGACGAAAUUGCUAGAUAAAUUAUAUGGAAAGUAUCUGUUCGAUCCGGACGAAAGCGUUUCGUCGAAUCAAUCGUCGGAAACUGUGAAGCAAACGGAAGCUAAGAAAGACCAGACCGGAACGGAAAAACCGACCAAAAAGCCAGAAAUUAACGGAACUGAAUCCAAUAAUGUGCCUAACAAACCCACAGAAAAGACUGAGAGUGGAAAAAAGAUACGUGCGAAAUCACUGCCUUCCAAGCCGAAGAAAAAAGAAGAUAAAGUCGAAUCACCGCUUGUGCCUGUGGCGCCCAAAACACAAAACGUAGCACCUAAAAAGACUACUCACAUCAACCACAGACCGCCUUUACACCAUACUUCACCUAGGAAAGAUCAACGGCCGAAACCACCGGCGGUACAGAAAACACCUCCGCAUCGUCGACCUCCACAGGAGAAGCUAAAAUCAACGCAAUCCGACCGAACGCCUCCCAAGACACCAACCAGUCAAAGUAGAACGAAAACACCGGAAAACCCCACGGUUCUAACGCAGAACUUUAAGGGACCCACGAGAAAUUCCACAAGUCCGGCCAAUAACUCCAGUCCGCAAAGUAACAGCGUAAGUCGCAAGCUGCACGUCACCACCACAGCCCAGGAGGACAACGUCGAAAAUCUUGCCUGGGACGAUCUGACACUGGAGGAUGAAUCACCGCAAAAAAUCAAUCCCCACACAAAGUCGUUUCUGAACUUUUUGACGCAAAAGUGAUAUCCUGUUUGACAGAUUUGGCAGCUGAGCCUUGCAGCAGCAGUAGAUAAUGAGUUCGGCAGUUGCAUUUUAAUUUAUCUGUGUUAAAUGUCGAUUUGUGAUAUGACACUUUUAGAUUUGUGUUAAGAACAGCAGACUGUUGCAUGGUGAUUUCUUUCACAGAGAGCAGAUUCUGUUUUUUAAAUUGUAAUUGUAGUAUGUUUUUUAUAUUUCUGAAUGCGUUAAAAAUUGAAUAAAUUGUCUUCAAUUUAAAAUUGAAUCCUUUGCUGCAUUUGUUUCUAGACUUUUUUUAAACACUAAAUGUUACUUAAACUAGAAGAUAUAAUGCGAACCUAGGCUAGGCUAGCUCUUUAGUACGUUUUAUACAAGUUGAGUAGUUGUUCCUGAUAGUGAAUCGUAUCGCUCGUGCCCGGGCAGAUGCGCUAAACACGCAACAGACAUAUCAUGCUAGGUUAUUGCAUUGUGAGCAAACAAUAGUAGGAAAAUAAAUGAUUUUGGAUCGUGCAAUA